UGCGAUUGAAAGAAUGACAUGUUUGUCAUCUCUUCUUCUACAUGGCAAAUAGUGCAAUGUCAUGUUUCCAGAGUACCCCCGUCAUUGAAAAUGGAUUGAACCAGCUGUGCGACAGGCAGCAACAGUAGAAACGCACAUUGCUGCUAUCUAAAUGGAGCAGCCUUGCUCUGUGCAGCAAGGCUAGUCCCGAUAACUAUACUCAACCGAAACAACCAUAUCCUAUAUGUGACUGUAUUGAAUGGGAUGAUUUGGCCUGUAUUAAUCCUCAAACAGUGAAUCGUAUCCAGGGAAUUUAAAAGCAAAAGGGAUUAGUUUGCCCGCUUGUGGAAGAAGGAGACGGAGGGGUUGGUUUAUUUGGAAAAGGACCAUUUUUGCAGGUGUGGAAAGAACUGACUUUGGGUUCAGAAAACCCCAUCUGACUGCAAUGACUCAAUUGGCCAUCUGAGAAAGAACAUCUUGCUGAAAUUCAAGGGAACAGCUUUUUAGUCCUCCAAAAUGAUGCAGAAGCAGACCCGGACUUCCCCCGGCAGUGUGAGCUCCUCCCGGGGGCCCAGUGUCCCUGGCUCCCCUGCUGUCACCAUUGUGGCAAAAAUGGACAAUCAGGUCAUAGGUUACAAGGAUUUGGCAGCCAUCCCCAAAGACAAAGCCAUACUCGACAUUGAGCGGCCAGAUUUAAUGAUCUAUGAACCCCACUUCAACUACUCCUCCCUCGAAAGAUCUGAGUUGCCAAGGAGUCGAGAGAGAUCAAUGUCGCCCCGCUCCAUCUCACCCCCACCCUCCCCUGAGACUUUUGCCAGCAAGGAGCCCAGGGACUGGCCCGAGCAGAAGUCCCCUGGGGGGUCUUCACUGGAGUCCACAGCUCAACCCCACAAAAUCAGCAGCUCUUCCAAGGGCCCCAUACUGCACUUUCACAGGCCUGACAACGGGACCAACAUUUAUAAAAAGCCUCCAAUUUACAAACAAGAUGUCUCUGCGUCGGUCCCGCACGGAAAACACAUAGAGGAUCUCAUCAUUGAGUCUUCCAAAUUUCCUGCUGCCCAGCCACCUGAUCCUACCCUGCCCUCCAAGAUCGAGACAGACUACUGGCCCUGCCCGCCCUCCCUGGCUGUCGUGGAGACGGAGUGGAGGAAGAAGGCCGCCUCGCAGAGGAGAGCGGAGGGGGGCGGGAACGAGGAGGAUGAAGAGUAUGAUGACGGAGAUUUGUCUGAGGACAUGUCAAGAUUGAGGCAGCUUCAGAGACAGGAGCUCAACAAGAUCCAAUCCAACUUGGGAAAAUUGAUCCUGAAGGAGGAAAUUGAGAAUUCGGUCCCCAUUCGCAGGAAAACCCGCUCACUGCCGGAUAGAACACCCAUGCACCUGGGAUCGUCUUCAAGGGCCUCCAAAUCGGUCUCUCUCCCAGCAUGCAGCAGGACUGGCCUCAGCAGGCUGGAUUCGGCUGAGUUCUCUCCUGACAGUGAGAAGGAAGGAACAGGUCUCCAGGUAGGAGAGCUCAUAUGCAGUACAUACUUCUUCAUCUUCAACCAGUUAUUUCAGUAAAUCUGUACUGUAUGUUCUUUUUCAUUUUCUUUAAACUUUUAAUUUUUCACUUUGCACACUUGUGAGAUGUUCUGGGUUUUCAUUGGCAUGACAUUGUUUAUUAAUUGUCAUUGUGAGGCUCAUUGCUUAUGUAAGCAGCUGCCAGAGGAGCGUUUGUGUGGAAAAGACAUUGCGAGUGCGUUAGUGAGUGCUCACGCAGGUCUCCUCUGUAUUGGGUAUGUCUGUAGAAUGGAGAGGCUAAGAGAGGGAGGAUGGACAGAGGAAACUCACUGCCCAGUAUGUUGGAACAGAAGAUUUACCCGUAUGAAAUGCUCAUGGUCACCCACAGAGGCAGAAGCAAACUCCCACCAGGGGUUGACAGGAUGAGACUGGAGCGGCAUCUGGCUCCAGAGGAAUUUCAGCACUUAUUUGGAAUGCCCAUCGAGGAAUUCAAUCAACUUUCUCUCUGGAAACGCCAUGACAUGAAGAAGAAAGUUUCUCUCUUUUAGCCAAACACAAGCCUCUGCGCUCCCUGGGAAAUGAGGCAAACGUAUAUGUUUAAGAAACAAAUUAAAUCACAAAAUUCUAGGAAGGGACAAAAAAGUCAUUUGAUUGCCACAGCCGUGCUGUGUGUAAUCUGAAGUAACUCUCGUCCUUGGCUGUAUUUACAUAGAAUCAGCUAUCAACAGUCUUAUCAAAGGUCAAAGCCACUAUAUCUUUUUCCUCUCUCUCAAAUUGCAGCUGCAAAGUAGGAGCAUAUGGGAAUAAUGACAAAUUGCCCGUACCUUGCAAAGAUGGCUUUACUACUGUGAGAUGUCCUUAUGGGCAGGCUCAAAGAGUGGCCUGAUAUGGUUGAGUGAUUCAGUUCUGGCUACUUCCCUCCUGUAGGGACUUGUCUGGGAAGGUAGAACUUAUUGAGUUUAGUAUUUCCUAAUACGAAACGCAUUUCUCAGUUCACACUUAACACGCGAACACUGCCACAAAAUUGAUGAUUGACGUCGCCAUCAAUCAUUGGAUGUUCAGUUUAGCAACUACAAUUUAGUGUGUUGGCUAAGAAUAAGCAGUAUAAUUCUGUCACAAAGACAGAUCUACCAGCAGAAAGGAUGGUCUUAUUAAUUUUUCUGCAAUGAUUUUAAUAGAUUUAGAUUUAGUAGUUUUGAAAAUGGAAAGAAAAAUAAUUUUGGUUUAUUUCAUUAAUACUUUUUAUCAUUUACUUAUGAUUAUUUACCAAAAUGUCUUUAAAAGAAAGGGAACAGUUCCAUUGAACUGUUAUUUUCAGUAAACAUAUGAGGUGACGGAAUACUUUUAGAUAAAAGUGACUUUUUAGUGUCACAGCUUUUGGCAGAUUUAUAUAUGUUUCACCUCCCCUAGUAUUUCCUCUAACUUGGAAUGAACAGCUCAGUGUAAGCAUAGACUUCAUCUCUUCCCUCUCUUGUCAUUUCAGUCUUGCUGCUAUCAUGUUUUCAAACACCUUUAAGGUUUUCUUUGUGUUUAACAAGAGCAGUAUUCCUGUUUUAUAGGAUAAAUUAUGAAGUGAAUGAAUAUUACAUCUACAAAAUUUUCCUGUUUUUCCACAGCCUAUUACUUACAUUAAUUUCAGCGAAGCCAGGCUCAUGAUAUUAAAGUAUUUGAAAUUUCAUUCAUAGUUUUAGGCAUUCUUCUGCUAUGGUUCCACAUAAAAACAAAUAAUGUACAACAUUUGUUUGUUUGUGAGCAAAGUAUAUUAUUUCUACCUAGGUUUUGGCAUGACUUUACAUUCUUUCUACAAGUAUAUAUAUAUCAAUAUAAGAAUGUAGAGUAAACAUCUUGUCUUCAUUAGUAUAAGUCAAAAAGGUGGAAACGUGGUUCCCUGAGCCCGACUCGUUGAGGACGGACAGAACCACAGUCACUGACUCUGAUAUGAAACCCGUCUAGCGGUCACUGUGUGAGGAGGGACCACGACAGGUGUGUGACAGGGAAGGUCACGGCCAUGUUGGCUCGAUGACCCCUUAGCGCCACACGGCUCUCCACCCCAGACAUACACAGAGAUGACGCCUGUGGCCUCGGGUCUCUGUGGCUUAUAGCACCUGUUGCACUGAGGUUUUUUCCUUCGCUGGGAUAGAGAGCCAGACAAAACAUCAUGGCAGCCGACGUGCACGACAGCCGUCCAGCUUCUCUGUUUCACUCGAGCCCUGCCCCUUGGUUCCAGUGCAGGUGACCUGUGAAGACACCAGCGCAGGGCUGUCAGAGCUCUUCCUGAUGACCGUAAAGUGUGAGGUGUGUUGAACAGACAGGACGUCAGACACAAUGGGUGCACUCUGGAUUCCCAGCCCCAGUUCAUCUAUAAUGGUCUCCCAGCACAUAUCAACUUAUGAUAAGGAUUUUUCAGGUUUAUUUUUUCUUUCUUUUGGUGCCUCGCCAAAAGCGUUGUGUUUGUUUUCAGCAACAAGGUCUGGGUUUGCACAAAUAGGAGAUGAUGUUAAUUGGACAUUUGACAUUUUAACGCACAUAAUAAUGCUCUCGCUUUGUUUCCGCUCCCUGCACCGAUGUAACGCCAGUGAUCAUGAUCGUUUCUGUCAACUGCUAGCCCUCCCUUAUGACUCAUUAUACCACAUGCCACAGUCUCAGUAGGUCACUAAGUGUCACAUAUUUCAAUGCACAAUCAGCUUUCUGCCAUGGCAGACAGAGGGCAUUAGUUACAGUAAUUGUUGCAGCUUCCUCAUUUUCAACUUCUAAUUUUUUUUAUGUGAAAGUGUGUUGGAAAUAAAAUAAAAAAUAAUUAUUGAAUUUA